AUGUUUGUGGUCGCACCUACAAGUGCUAGAAAGACAUUCAUUUCAUUCUAUGCCAUGCGCAAAGUUCUCGAAUGUGAUGAUGAUGGAGUACUGGUUUGUGUAGCUCCCACAAAGGCAUUGGUGAAUCAAAUCGCAGUGGAAGUCCAGGCUCGAUACAAUAAGAUAUUCAAGCAAGUUGGUAUUCCCCAUGAUCUUGGGCUAGAGCCUCGCGACUGUCUCAAGCUCUGGAGAGCGAUGGUGAAGCACCAGACCACCUUAUUCCCGGUACCCACGCAUCUUAGCCCAGCGGAUGCUUUGCCCACAGUAUGCCGCAAGGUCGACACGUUAACCUGGGAAAAAGAUUUGAAAGAUCGACUCCAGAAGUGGAUUGCUUAUGGCUCCUCUCCGUAUGAUAAUGAUGUUUGCGAGCUUGAACAAAGCUUCAGAGAUGAAAUUCGUGAGCUGGAGUACGCAACUAAACCUGCAGAACGACCAAGCUCACGCGCUGCGAGGCUUCACGACCCAUUCGACCUCACUGAGACAACUCUACCUCUGCUUUGCCGUUUAGAAACCCACGAUGCGCUGCCAGCCAUAAUAUUCAACUAUGACCGCCACCAGUGCAAAAAGAUCUGUCGGGGCUUGCUCGAAGAGCUUCAACAGGCUGAAUUGACUCAGGAAAAAAGCGGAGCGAAAUGGGAAAGGACGCUCGAGCGAAGGGACGACGUCAAGACGACCAAGCAUCAAGACGGUGAAAGACGCACAAAGAUCCACCAGGACCGUGAUGCCGCGGAAGAUCACACCAGUGCAUUGGACCUCUUCGAUCCUGCCAUACCCUUGCAUGGGUACCAUUUUGCAGACUAUACUAAGCUGCAACGUUCCGAUCUGGAUGACUUAGUCUGGAAGCUUAGUCGGUAUGGCAUCAAUAAAUGGCUCAUAGAAUCGCUCCAAAGAGGCAUCGGGGCUCAUCACGCCGGCAUGAAUCGGAGCUAUAUGGAGGUCGUUGAAAUCUUGUUUCGCAAAGGCUUCUUACGGGUUGUGAUUGCCACUGGCACACUUGCUCUAGGUACCAAUAUGCCAUGGCAUUUCCCCAUCACGACGACGCUUGUUCUUCGGUUGUUCACUUUGUUGCAUGGGUCAAAGAAUUCAAGGUAUGCUGUAAGCGCCGUCAAUGGUUUACAGUCGCAGCCGCGGUUGGACAUGGGCGGGCCGUCGUUCAAAGAUAUGACGAUGCAUCAUCUUCGCUUCUCAAUCAAGUACCUACGAAAGCAGUUUCUACUCAGCGGGAAUGAUGUUCCGCUAAAAUUUGCUGGACUCAAAAGCUAUUUGUACUUGACGGAAAAUUUAUCAUUCGCUUUCCAUGCUCUUUUGAAGGGAGGAUAUUUUCACGAGCUCUGCAAUGGGAUAGACAAGCUUGAGAAAAAUACUGUCGAGACGCUUAUGCUUGUCAUGGCACAUUUGUUCAAGCGGAUUUAUUGGUGCCAAGCAGAUUCGGAGCAUCAAGAGACGGAUUUCAAAUCGUCGUCAUCCAUUGUGUUCCUGCCUCCACUGCCGAAUAAUGCGGCGAACAUCCUACGAGAACACAACAGACAGACGCUCGAUAUAUGCAAGACAUACGUGAAAGCUUUUAUCCCACAGCAUAUUAUCAACGAGGAUCGCUCUCUUCCGUUUGUGCAUGUACGAGUACCAAACGCCUUACCCAUUGUCAAGAUUCGCUCCCCUUUCGUGACUCUUUCGGGCCUAGGUGAGGAUUUUGAGUCGAUUCACGAUCUUCGCCAGACAUUGAGGGAUGGUGUAUUCCUUGAGGAAGCCGUGAUGGAGGUACCUCUGAAUGCCUGGCUUUUGGAUUUCGUCAAACAUGGUUAUGUCAUGACCAUAGAGCGUGCAAAUUGUAUUCAUUUCUCGCUGAUCCUCGCAACUAUAAUUAAUAUUCUCCUCAACUUCAUGAAGCUCAAAGAGGGUACGGACCUCGACAUGCUGGAUGUUAUGGACGACUGGAAGGUCCGUGACGAUACCGAAGACGAAAACAGCAAAAUUUUCUCGACAUCCCUUCUCGAGCAGCCGAAAUUGGUGACGAAGAAGGAGGCAAAGAUUGCCACUAGCUGGGAGGGGGUUACUGACGAAGAAGACGAUAUAACCCGGGUUGAGAGACAGCGAGCUACUCAUGUAGCAAGGCUCGAAUUCGAGUUCAAUGAUGCACUGGGAGGAAACAAGGGCAAAACGGAGGGAUUGCGCAAUGUGCUCAAGUCAUUCCAGAAACUGCAUGCCGGUUUCAACGCGAAUUUCAAAGCGAUUUGGGCAUGAAAUAUGUUUGAUGAUUGGUUUGAAGUACGUAGAAGACUUUUUUAAGCAAGUGUGUUAC